UUAUUGGUUAGACGUAUAUGGUGGCCGAUUGAAAGCAGUAACAUGGUUUACCGUCGCAGGAAAUCAUGAUUGGUACUCUAAUGUCACCUUUCAAGUUGAUUAUUUCUGGGACGAUGAUUCCAGAUUCUUUUUACCUGCCCUUUAUUACGUUCGAAAAGUUAAAUUUGGUGAUAAUAUCUCGGCCGCCUUCAUACACAUAGAUACUGAUCCCUUUUAUUACAACUUUACCUCUUAUAAAAAAAAAAAUAAUUUAAACCAAACUCUUCUUGAUUUUAAUUUAUACACAUAUGAUCAAAUUAAUAAUAGAUUAAAUUGGAUUGAUCAGCAAUUGGAAGAUAAUAAGGAUGCUGAUUGGCUUUUUGUUGUUGGUCAUCAUCCACUUGUUGGUGAUUGUCGACUUCAAAAUCCUGCUUCUUAUUUAAUGUAUCUAAUUCCUCCAGUUUUGGAAAAACACAAAGUAUCUGCUUAUUUCAAUGGUCAUUCCCACGAACUUGCUUAUUCAGCUCCAAAUUCAACUUCUACUGUCGCUUAUUUCGGUUCAGGUGCUGGUGGUGCUAAACUUGAUGCUGCAGGUUGUCAAAAUCCUGAUUGGAGUUCUAUUGGCACUUUUGGUUUCUUGUCCGUUAGUAUUCCUGCUGAUGGAAAGACUUUAUAUUUCGAUUAUGUUGAUGCAAAUACCACUAAUGCUCCUCCAAAAGUCAUUUAUUCGGGUCAAAUUAAUUCUAGAAAAAGUUCUUAA